GGCUCCUAUCAGCGUGUUUUUCUUGUGAUAGUUCUAUACCCAUGAAUUUACUGCCUACCUGAGCGCCUGUUAACUCUACCACCAUGGUUAUCGAUCUUACGCUUGACUCGGACUCUGAAGAGAGGAAUGAGAAUCAUGUGCCAUCGUCAGCACCACAUGUUCAGAACAACAUCCCCAAGUCCCCUUCUACUCUCACCCACCGCCCUGCAUCCUCAGUUCCCUCGAAACGAAAAUCUGAAGAUGUGGAUGAACUACUGGCAUCCUUCCUGCCCCGCCGGCCGCAGUCACAGCCACGGCUUUUUUCCCAACCACAACCGACUAACCGGGCCAAUCAGCACGCCAUCUCUAUCGAAAUAGAUGAUGACGAUGAAGAUGAGGACGUCAAGCCUAUCCAAAGUCACCGCAGAGUCACAGCUGCUCGAUCCUCUUCCUUUAACCCUAACACCGUUUCCUCUGCUGGAAAGGAAAACGGACCUCUGCAGAUCAAGUCUAAUGCAACAUCUACUCGUUCAUCUUCACCCUUCACCCUCGCAGCCACCAAGCACGAACCUCACCACAGCCAAGACGGGGAUGAAGACAGAAAGCAGAGUUCCCUCUUAAGCACCCGCCGGUCCCUCUCCUUCCAAACCCCUAGUCCAGGCCCUAUCUCUCUCAGCGUAGUAAUCCCCUCGCCUUCUCGGCGCCAGCAACAGGAAAUCGAUUCAGCCGACGUGAUCUCGGUCCCAUCUCCAAUCGGCCUCUCCGAGGACUUUUACCCAACCGACGCGUAUGAAAAACGUGCCUUGAAGGGUGCAUACCCCGUGGCCCGGAAAGUGGAUCGAGCAACCAUUCCAUUCACGAUCGGCGCCCCUGGCCCACUACUCACAUCUAAACCGGAUAUCAACGCCCAGCUGCACCAGACCCUGCAGCAGAAGCUCGCAAAGAUCCGAGGCCCUCAAGUAACCUUUGCAUCGGGGGACCAGCACCAGCUAGCGCAGUUCGCAGCCAACUUUGAGUUUGUGAAUGCGUAUAAGCUACGACAAGGGGUCACGCCUGUCCCAGAGGAGUUCCUUGCGGGAUGUAGCUGUGACGGAUUCUGCGAUCCAGCGAGAUGUCUCUGUCUCAGCAAGGAAGAGGAGACGAAUGACCCAAUGGUGCCGUACAGGCGGGCCGACGAUGAUGGGCGAUUGCUGGUUCUUACGCCGGAGUUCCUGAAACGAAAGGUCAUGAUCUACGAAUGUAGUUCGAGAUGUGGAUGUGAUGAACGCUGCUGGAAUCGAGUAGUGCAGAAUGGCCGGACAGUCCGACUAGAGAUUUUCUGGACUGGCAACCGAGGGUUCGGCCUCCGCUCCCCCGACCCGAUCCGCGCAGGCCAAUUUAUCGACUGCUACUUAGGGGAGGUAAUCACCAAAGAAGUUGCCGACAUCCGCGAAGACGCGACAUCUCAGAAAGGCCCCUCCUAUCUAUUCAGUCUCGACUUCCUCGCCACCGGCGAAGACAGCAAAUACGUGAUCGACGGACACCGAUUCGGAAAUCCAACUCGUUUCAUAAACCACUCGUGCAACCCGAAUUGUCGUCUGAUUCCCGUGACCCGCAACCACGCCGACGAUUACCUGUACGACUUAGCUUUCUUUGCGCUGAGAGAUGUACCACCCAUGACGGAGCUGACCUUUGACUAUAAUCCCGGCUGGGAGAAGGUUAGGAAGGUUGAUCCGAAUGCUGUGCCUUGUCUUUGUGGGGAGAGUAAUUGUCGUGGUCAGCUUUGGCCGAAUCAGAGGAAGGCGAAGAGGGGGUGAUGGAUUCCUUCUCCUUCUCCUUCUUUCUUUUUUCUUCCAUUCACUCACUCUGCAACCUUUCAGCCCUCUUGUCGAUAUCGUCAUAUGACAUGACAUGGAGUGCGCGUUGAGUCGACGAUCAGCCGUAUUGAUUGAUUGCAUUAUGCCUGCUUCUACUGUUGAGAUCAGGUAAAAACAUGCCAUUAUCCCUUUCUUCUUUUUUGACCCCAUGGUGUUGUUAGGCAUCUUCCUGCGUUCUUGCCUCGCAUUGCAUAUUAUUCUCUGGGGAAGGUGUUCAACAUACUCCAUUGCUUUGUUUAAACUUUUGCAUGGUGAAAUUUCUUCGUCUUGAUAUCAGAUACCCCGAUGGUCUCAAUUACAUCUUCUUUCCUUUCCCCUUUUACUUUCUUCCUAUUUGAGAAUUACGGAGUUAUGUGUGUGUGUGUGUAUACUGGUGGCAUUCAGAGAAGUAACAAACAAGUGGAUACUGGAUAAGUGUAUUU